AUGCGCUUGCUGAACCAGGCUGAAUGGCAAGCAGGGAAAUGUCCACAUGCGCAUUGCUACACAGCUGUGCAGACCAGUCGGCUGAUGUGUAGCAGCGCAGUCUCAAUUGUAUUCGUACCUUACGGCCGGAGAGGCAAACUAGUUCAUGCAAUGCUAUGCAUGCACAUUCGUGCGUGCACAUGCCCCUACUUCCCGGGCAAUCUUAUGUGCACACCUGCCUCCACUGACAGACAACACACAUACGUGGUCCGCACCGAUUGGCCCCUGAUAUGCACAACUUGCACAUCCCGCACAUAUUGGUCGAAGCUGGGACGUCUGUUUCGAAAAUUUUCACCAAUCGAUACAGGACUGGGACUGAAAUCGCUCGCUGGUCUUCACAUUCAAGCUGGUGAUGUGGCAAGUCGAUUCCUCUCCGAGAACUCUCUGGUGCCUGUCCCGUGUCAAGCACUAUCAGGCGGCUCAUCAAAUCCGCCAAAGUUCGGAACUUUAAUACCGAACAGGAUAUUUGUCGGCGGCAUCCCGUCUAAUACAACAGAACAGGAGCUGAAGAACUUUUUUUCUACAUUUGGCCAAAUUAAGGAUGUUAAAAUUAUUAAUGAUCGACUCGGCGCCUCCAAGGGAAGCUACGGUUUUGUGACCUUUGAGAGCCAAGAAAUGGCUGAAAAAAUUAUUAAGAAUGAGGUAACUUUUUUUUCUUAUACCUACUCACCACAGUCGGAAACCCUUAUUUUUAAAGACAGGAAGCUGAACAUAGGGCAUGCAAUACGAAAACAGCAGGUUUUACCAAGAACUGACAUUCCCGCCGCCCUCUUUUUCACGGGUAGCGCUAUGGCUCCGUAUGGACUCCAGAAUGGAAUGGCCGUCUAUCCUAUGUCCGGUCAGGACUACCCACUAAUGGCCCAAGUAUGUAGCCUGAACUUCAUUGCUCUGUUUUCCUUCAAUCAUACUGCAUUGCAUCGAAACUCUUUCAUAUUUUGCCACUAUUGGUUCAUAUGGCUCUUAAAGGGGCUAAUGUCCCAUGACCCAAGGCUUAACAUAACAUUCUGGGAAAUUAUAGUUCCCAUUUUUAUCAGGCAAGAUACGUGA